GCGACGCGCACGACGUCCUUCAAGGGGAGCAGCCCCAGCUCCAAGUACGUGAAGCUGAACGUGGGAGGGGCCCUGUACUACACCACCAUGCAGACCCUCACCAAGCAGGACACCAUGCUCAAGGCCAUGUUCAGCGGGCGCAUGGAGGUGCUCACGGACAGUGAAGGCUGGAUCCUGAUCGACCGCUGUGGGAAGCACUUUGGGACAAUCCUGAACUACCUGCGGGACGGGGCUGUGCCACUCCCGGAGAGCCGCCGGGAGAUCGAGGAGCUGCUGGCUGAGGCCAAGUACUACCUGGUGCAGGGGCUGGUGGAUGAGUGCCAGGCAGCCCUGCAGAACAAGGAUGCGUACGAGCCCUUCUGCAAAGUCCCGGUGAUCACCUCCUCCAAGGAGGAGCAGAAGCUGAUUGCAACCUCCAACAAGCCAGCAGUGAAGCUGCUCUACAACAGAAGCAACAACAAAUAUUCCUACACCAGCAACUCWGAUGACAACAUGCUGAAGAACAUYGARCUCUUUGACAAGCUGUCCCUGAGGUUCAACGGGAGGGUGCUCUUCAUCAAGGAUGUCAUUGGGGAUGAGAUCUGCUGCUGGUCCUUCUACGGGCAGGGCCGCAAGAUCGCCGAGGUCUGCUGCACCUCCAUCGUUUAUGCCACUGAGAAAAAGCAGACCAAGGUGGARUUCCCAGAAGCCCGAAUUUACGAGGAGACCCUGAACAUUCUGCUGUAUGAAUCCCAGGAUGGGAGGGGGCCGGACAAUGCCCUCCUGGAAGCCACGGGAGGGGCUGCAGGGCGCUCCCACCACCUGGAGGAGGACGACGAGCGGGAGCGCAUCGAGCGCGUGCGGAGGAUCCACAUCAAGCGCCCCGAUGACAGGGCCCACCUGCACCAGUGAGCCUGGGCACCCCUGCAGCUCUGGGAAGGGGGCUGCCCUGCAGCAGGACCAGGCAGUGCAACUCCUGUCCAGCACAGUUUGUAAAUUGUGAUUUGUAACAAACUCUAGGUUAUUUGGGGUAUUUAAAUGCGGUAGUUGUAGGGCGAGGAUAAAUGAGGUUACUGGGCAGCCUGGAAGGGCCUGUUGAGCAGCUGGAGAAAUGCCCGGAAAUUUUAGCACUCUUGUCUUUGCUGUUUUGUGCUGGAGAGGAGGAGGACUGGCUUCCUGUGGCUUUGGUAAUGAUCCUGCACUUUAAAACCAAAACAACAAACAAAAGCUCAGCCAGCCCACCCUCCUUCCCUCCAGGCACUCCCUGGCCCUCCUGCACUGGGGGAAAAGGCAGGGACCUGGACCCAGAGCUGCUGCACAGCUCCCUGGCUGCUGGGAGAGAGCUUGGGAGCGCCUUGGGUGGCUCCCCAAAGGACAAAUGGCACAGGGUGAUGAGAUUCCUGGAGUGCUGGGGGCAGAGGGACCCCUCAGAGCAGUGGGAGGGGGCAGGGGCUGCUGCUUUGGGCUGCCCACAGCUCUCAGGAUCUGCUCCUCCAGGGGUUCAGUGAAGCUUCUGCAGCACUGAGCUGGGGACACCCAUCCCUGCUUUAUCCCUAUAAAGGUUCACGRUUAAAAUUCCUCCCAAGGGAGUAGAAUCAGGAGCAAAUUGUCCACGGUUGCUUUUCCUGGGAGUGAUGUUGGUGCUGGUCAGGGCUUGGAGCUUCUGCCUGASCCUGGAUCUCAGCUGGAUGGUUGGUUUCCAGCAGCUCCCAGGUGACAGGAGUCACAGCAGCUUCAAUCCCCCCGUGCUGGGGGAUGUUGGUGGGGAACAGCAACCCUGGUUCCCUUCUGGAGCUGAUCCAGGGAGGUUUCCUUGCUCUGAAGGAGGGCAAAAAGAAGCAGGCAGUGACCCGGGGCAGAUAUUCCCUGUUGGACUUUUUUCUGAGGGUAUUCCAAGUCUCCUCCGCCGUGGCAGGUGUGUGGAAGGGCAGAGCAUGGAGAAGGCCACCGCACCGUGGUUUUCUACCAGUGCUUUUCUCUCAAUGAAUAUUUUAUCUACCUCCUUGUCUCCUGUUGCCUGUUGUGGGGUCGAGUGACAGUGAUGCUAGGAGGGGGGAUGGGUGUCAUUCCACAGGGCUGGAAGCAGAGCCACAGCUGUGACAGUUCAGGUAACCAGUCCUGGGAGGGAGAGAAACCYGAGGCAGGAAGUGUUAAACUUGUGCUGCAGCAGCACCCGUGAGUGACACCGGAGCACUCUGCCCUGGGCUAGAGUUUCUUUUGAUCCUUUCUCUGGAAUAUUUAGYGCUGGUUUUGACAGCCAGACUCCUCUGGAGCAGCAGCCCUGUGUUCCUGCUCCAAGGAUCCCUGCUCCUGGCUCAGGGCUGCUGAGGACAUGGGAACAGUGUGAAAACCGAAGGUGCUGCAGCAGCACCAGCCACGUUCUUCUGUUGCACAGAGCAGUUACACCCCAGUUCCACAGAGCUCUUUGGCAGAGGCUGAAAUAUGCCAUGAAAUGGUUGUAUGGUUGUGGAUCAUCAAGUCAAGCUCCAAGAUUUCAAAGUUAGGCCAUCUUUCUAGUAACCAAAGACUUCUCCACUUGGCACGCAGCUGGUGGCUGUGGCAGGUGAGGGUGUUGUACCUGUCCCCUCUCUCCUGCAGCUGCUGAUGGUUCACUGAGAGCUCCACUGUUACCCUGRGGUUCAGCAGCCUCAGCUCUGUCCCAGCACCUCAGGGCUUCCAGCUGGAGUUGUACUCAACCCUGUUUGCAGCACCCUUUGGGGUUGGGGCAGYGCAGAGGGGAAGGAGCCUCUCUCCUCUCCCCUCAGGGCUGGGAUAAGCUGGGGCRAGGCAGAGAAGUCCUGCAUUGCUGUUUCUCCAGCAUUGUGUACUUUGACCCUUGCUGGUGAUUUACUGGGCUGUUCCUCAGCCCUGCUGCCCUUGGAGGGUCAAGGCUGUGUCUCAGCAGUCCUGCAGCAAACCCUGCUCAUUCCAGGAGGCACAGGGCAGCUCAUCCCUGGCUGUGCUGACCUACCUGGGGACCCCAAAGCAAAUCCAGUCCUGUGGGACAGAGCAGCUUCAGCCCCAGGAGGUGACAGCAGUACUAAGCACCUGACAGGUCACAGCUACGUGAUUAACUUCUCUGUAAAUAGAUCCUUAACUGGCUUCAGGCUUUUCCCUUUCAGGUUAUGCAAACUAAGUUCUUAAAAACCAGGGGAGGGCUGUUUUUAAUCUUUGUACAGCGCUUUGUAGAGCUGUUGGUUUAGCGAAGUCACUCCAGGAGAGUUUUAAGUUUCAAUUUCAGUUUUUGUUACCGCAUUUGUGGGCAGACUCUGCCUUAACUCACUCCUGAGCUCACCCUCUGGGUGCUGGAGUGGUGCAGCCAAGCUGUGCUGGCCUGGGCAUUGUCCUGGGCACUGUCCUUUACCUGCUGCCCCCGUCCUUGCUCUGGGCACACCCUGCUCAUGUCCUUGCACAAAUGCUCUCAGUCCUGAGCCUCGUUACUCUAAGUGGUUUUGCUCUGAGCUCUCAGGUGCAGCUGGGGCUCAGGGCAGGUGUCCUGGGCACAAGCAGCUCUUCGGAUUAUCCUUCCCUGCCUCCCAGUGCCAGCGAGAGCAGAGCUGGCUGCUUCCAUUCUYCAGCAGCACCAGUGACAGCAGAGAGCUGAGGAAAGUCCCCCUGGGGAAGGGAUUUUGUUCCCUCCCAGCUCCUGACCCAGGUGGUACAGCACCAUAAGAGGACAGGGAUCAGCCCUGGUGCCCCUUGCCCACCUGUAUCCCUGUAGCACCAAAGYAGCUGCUCCUGCACCUCCACAAGGCAGCUUUGGAUUCCCUGAGCCCCAGCACCUGGGCAAGGCUCUGAGCUCCCGUCCUACCUUAGAGCAAAGCGUGGGUAGAACCUUUCAGUCUUAGCGGAAUUGUUUUGUGGACAACAGCAAAUUCCUGUUCUGUACAAUCAUUCCCACCUGUCCAGACUUCUGCACAGAACAAGCUUCAGCUGGAUUUCAGUGUAUGGUUGAUGUUUGCAAUAUGUACUUUUGUUUGUUUUUUUUUUUAAUAUAACACAAUAAAUUAGAAGAUAUUU